AUGGCCACACUCGAUGGCUCGUCUUCUCAACCAGCUCCUAUCUACAUUCUACCGACAACUUCCAUACAAAGUAUCGACAUGAACAGCCGAAUGCACUCAUCAUUCAAGCUACUCAGCCUGCUCCCAGCAUUGGUCAUCGCUGCCCCAGCCGCACCAGCGCCAACAAGCGAACAACCGUUGAUACUGCCUAGGGAUGACGACCGCCCCUACUAUUUCCCGGUCGGAGGAAUCAUCGCCAUCCCGCUGGCUGUCGUAGCCCUCCUCGUCGUCACCGUUGGGCUCGUAAGGCGCAAGUAUUAUGCUAAGCCAACCGCGUCGACCACCCAGCCGACAACGAUAGCGCUGGCAGAUCGGGGACGAACUGACACUCUGCCGGUAUACCAGCGAGAAGAAAACAACUCCGCGGCGACCGCGGACUCGCAAUCCACAGCAAGCUCUAGUCUGGCUAAGCCACAGGACGAACCGCCGGCUUACGCACCACCGCCGAACAACUCUACCACACCCGAAAACCAGCCUGCACCCGCUACCAACCCAUCCUCGCCCCUUUCUACCCCGACGGCACAGAAUAACACAACUAGCGAACAAGCAGCGCCGGGUAAUGGCAGGGCUUCAUAA